AACCAAGACAAAAGAAUACUUAAUAUUAUUUCAAACAUUAGUACAAAAUCACUUGCAAAUUGGCCCUAUUGUCAUGGUUAAUGUUGUUGACCCACAUCCAUUGAACAAAUGACACUUAGCUUUAGAGACAGCCAGUAACUUCAUCAUGUUUCCUCUAUUUAUACUCAAAUCUAAAUCAUCCACAAGAAAUAGUAAUACAAAAUAACAAUAGAAAAAAGAAAAAAAAGAGAAAUGGUUACUUUAAGCUCAUCUUCUUCUUCAACACCAAACACAUCUUCUGAUUUCACGAGGAGCAAUAAUAGUAACACUCUCCACGGUCCUUUCUCUUCCUCUUCUACUUCUUUCUCCUACUUGACAAGCAAGGAAGAUGCUCUCACGCAGAAGAAUCUAAAGAUUGGUAUGAACAUGGACACCAAUCCAGAGGAGGAUCAAGAUGUUCUUGGAGUUAGCAAGAAAGCUUCUGAAGAUAUUGAGAUUGGUGUGUUUGGAGCUGAGAAGUACUUCAACGGAGAUAUGGAUUCCGAACACAGUUCUUCACUUGUGUCUCCUUCAAUCGAGAGAAUCUUCGCGGGUCCGAAGAAAAGCUCCAAGAAAUCCUCCGAAACUCCGAGUCUUCGGUCUGAAUCCAGCUGGAAUAGCCAGAGCUUGUUGCUUCAGAACAAGAAAAAGAAGAACCACAACAACAGCCCUAGCUGCAACAGUUACUUGCAGGACAAGGAUGCUAGUACUAGCAACCAAAAGGUGAGUAACAAGAAGAGCUUUCUCCUGAAUCUUGGCUGCAAAGGUGUUUGUUCUAACUGGAACGCAGUGGAUGUCGUCGACGUCGACGAGAAGAGAAGAACCUCUGGUCUGAAGAAGAUCAAGACGCAAUUGAGUUUCUCUGGAGAUCUAAGCGCGGAGAUGAAGCUUCAUAAGCAACAUCAAGAAGCAAUGUUAGAGCAGAGGAAGACUCUUGAAAUAUUUGGAUCUCCUCUUAUUGAGAAGAGAAUCAUUUCAAAGAACUUACCAUGGGAAUACUCAACCUCUGCUAAGCAAGAAGAAGAAGGAGAAGAUGGGAGUGUGAGUGAUUUAAGCUCAGAUCUCUUUGAGAUUGAGAGUGUAACAGGGAAGAACAAACCCUAUCUUGCGAGGCAAGAAAGCAGCGAUGCAGAGUCACCGGAUUGUUAUGCGCCAAGUGAGGUAAGCAUAGCUUGGAGUGUAGUAACGGCUAGUGUUGCGGAUUACUCUGUUAUGUCUGAAUGUGCUACGAGUCCUGUCAAGCACCGGUCAUUCCAGAUUCCUCGAAUCCCUAUAACCGCCAAAUCAAACCGAGAGAACGAGCCUCAUAGACAGAAACCGAGAAGUGGUGGUGGUUUAUUGUUGGGAUGCAAGAGUCAUAAAGCUGUCAGAGUUUCAGGUGAUUCGUACACAAACAUGAACAGAACACCGAGUUAUGUUCCAAGGUUCCCUGCAGAAGCUAAUCCAACAAGUAUCGAGACAAGGAGGAGAGCAAGCAGUAGUUCCGUUUCUCGCACGCAAUCGCCUUUUCUGUAUAUUUAGUGACGCCCUAAAAAACCUGAGGUCCUUUUUCUUUACAUGUAAUGUUUAUCGAGUGAAAAAAGAUUUGUUUUGUUAA